AUGAGGAGCGGCGCGGAGCGCAGGGGCAGCUCCGCCUCGGCGCCCCCCGGCUCGCCGCCCCCGGCCGGGCAGCCCCCCGCCGCCGGGCAGCCCCGAGCGCGGGACGCCGGCGAUGCCCGCGCCCAGCCGCGCCCCCUGUUCGCGUGGAGCAAGUGGAAGAAGCGGAUGAGCUCGUCCAUGUCGGGGGCCCCGGCGCGGAGGCCCGUGUUUGACGACAAGGAGGACGUGACCUUCGACCACUUCCAGAUCCUGCGGGCCAUCGGCAAGGGCAGCUUCGGCAAGGUGUGCAUCGUGCAGAAGCGGGACACGGAGAAGAUGUACGCCAUGAAGUACAUGAGCAAGCAGCAGUGCAUCGAGCGGGACGAGGUCCGGAACGUGUUCCGGGAGCUGGAGAUCCUGCAGGAGAUCGAGCACGUCUUCCUGGUGAACCUCUGGUACUCCUUCCAGGACGAGGAGGACAUGUUCAUGGUGGUGGACCUGCUGCUGGGCGGGGACCUGCGCUACCACCUGCAGCAGAACGUGCAGUUCUCUGAGGACACGGUGCGGCUGUACAUCUGCGAGAUGGCGCUGGCCCUGGACUACCUGCGCAGCCAGCACAUCAUCCACAGAGACGUCAAGCCCGACAACAUUCUGCUGGACGAGCAAGGACACGCGCACCUGACCGACUUCAACAUCGCCACCAUCAUAAAGGACGGGGAGAGGGCGACCGCCCUUGCUGGCACCAAGCCGUACAUGGCUCCGGAGAUCUUCCAAUCUUUCGUCAACGGUGGGACCGGCUACUCCUUCGAGGUGGACUGGUGGUCGGUGGGGGUGAUGGCCUACGAGCUGCUGCGUGGAUGGAGGCCCUACGACAUUCACUCCAGCGACACCAUGGAGUCCCUGGUGCAGCUGUUCAGCACCGUGAGUGUCCAGUACGUCCCCUCCUGGUCCAAGGAGAUGGUGGCCCUGCUGCGGAAGCUCCUCACUGUGAACCCCAGGCACCGUGUCUCCAGCCUCCAGGACAUGAAGGAGACCCCGUCGCUGGCCAACGUGCUGUGGGACGACCUGAGCAAGAAGAAGGUGGAGCCGGGCUUUGUGCCCAACAAAGGCCGCCUGCACUGCGACCCCACCUUCGAGCUGGAAGAGAUGAUCCUGGAGUCCAGGCCCCUGCACAAGAAGAAGAAGCGGCUGGCCAAGAACCGGUCCCGCGACAGCAGCAGGGACAGCCCCCAGUCCGAGAAUGACUACCUUCAGGACUGCCUCGAUGCGAUCCAGCAAGACUUUGUGAUUUUUAACAGAGAAAAGCUGAGGAGGAGCCAGGACCCCACCAGGGAGGCCCUGCCCGCUCCCGAGGCCGGGGAUGUGGACGGCGAGGCCUUGGCGGACGGUGAGGACGCGAGCCCCGCCCUGCCCACGUGUGGCUCCAUCUGCCCCUCGGCGGGGAGCAGCUAG